AUGAGUUCUUCCCGGAGCGAGUCGCCCGUGCGGCGCUCCAGGCCACGCAAUCCAAGGAAGAAAGAUCCUCAGACACCGCAACAGAAGAUUGAUGAAUUUUGGGACAAAUAUAAGUCCAAAGCACCUGGGAAAGCAACAACAAUCAUCCCCCAGAAUGAAUUUGCUGAACGUGCUGCCCGCCGCGCCUCUGCCAAGUCCAAGGCGCCGGCCAAGACGACAGAACAGUCCUAUGAAGCGGCCGUGGAACAGUGUAGACGAAAGGUCGCCCAGAUUGUGAAAGAAUGCCGGCGCGUCAACCAGAAGUACCGUGAUCCGCAUUUCGACCUUGAGCUGGACCAGGUGCUGAACCGCCGUGACUGCCUCGACUCUCUAGACAACCAGCACGGCAAUACGAAUCAUACGUUCCGGCCCAAAGCGGUCAAAAGGGUCGUCGAUAUAUUCGACAACCCGCAGUUUUUUAUUGACGGCCCGACGGCAAAUGAUGUCCGUCAGGGUCGUGACGGAGACUGCUGGCUAAUGGCCGCCCUGUGUACAAUGAGCAACAAGCCUGGUCUGAUCGAGCGGUGCUGUGUCGCGCACGAUCAAGACGUGGGUGUGUAUGGCUUUGUGUUUCACCGGGAUGGCGAGUGGUUCAGUGAAAUUAUCGAUGACAAGCUGUACCUCACCAAGCCGGACUAUGAUGAGUCGCAUUAUGAACGCAUUCUCUGGGAGGACCGUGAGCGUGUAAACUCUGAGGAGGCAUAUCGCAAAGCCUAUCAGUCGAACAGUGGUGCCUUAUACUUUGCACAAUGCGUCAACCCCAAUGAGACCUGGCUGCCUCUUCUUGAAAAGGCUUACGCCAAAGCUCACGGUGAUUAUUCCGCCAUAGAAGGAGGCUUCGGCGGUGAGGGCAUUGAGGACCUGACCGGGGGCGUAACCUCAGAGGUCUAUACAAGCGACAUCCUCGAUAAAGAGUACUUCUGGAAUGAAGAGCUCAUGAAAGUCAACCAGGACUUCCUGUUCGGCUGCUCCACCGGUGUCUGGGGACUUGGGUGGGGCGAGCGUAAGGGAAUUGUCGAGCUACAUGCUUACUCGGUUCUCAAGGCAUGCGAGAUUGAUGGCGUGCGACUCGUCUUGCUUAAGAAUCCGUGGGGAAAACACGAGUGGAAGGGCCCUUGGUCCGAUGGAUCCAAGGAAUGGACGGCCGAAUGGCUACAGAAGCUCGAUCACAAGUUUGGCGACGACGGCUCCUUCUGGAUUAGCUACUCGGACCUGCUCAAGAAGUACCAGGCCUUCGACAGGACCCGCCUCUUUAGCCCCGGCGAAUGGAAGGUUGCCUCGAUCUGGACCACACUGCACGUUCCAUGGACCAUCGACUACCACGACACCAAGUUCGCCUUCUCGCUUGCCAGGUCCGGGCCCGUGGUAAUUGUGUUUUCGCAGCUCGACGAGCGCUACUUCAGGGGUCUCCAGGGCCAAUACCGCUUCGAGCUGGGGUUCAGGGUGCACAAGACCGGCGAGGAGGACUAUGUCGUGCGCAGCCAGAACGCGUAUCGCAUGAACCGUAGCGUGAACGUCGAGCUUGAGCUCGAGGCAGGCGAGUACGUGGUCGUGGUCAAGAUCGACGCCCAGCGCAGGGAGUGCGUCAUGCCCGUCGAGGAGGUCGUGCGCGCGUAUGCCAAGCACCGGCGGGAAAAGCUCCGCCGCAUCGGCCAGGCCUACGACGUUGCGCACUCCAAGGGCAAGAUCAUUGAGACCCCCGAAGAGAAGGAGGCGCGCGAAGCAUUCGAGGAGCGGAAGAGGGGCAGGGAGAGAAGGCGGUGGGCGAAGCUGUUAUUAGAGGACAAGAAGAACAAGAAGAAGUUGGUCCUACGGGAGAAGAUGAAGGAGAGGAAGGCCAGG